UUCCUUUCUUUCUUCACAAUAUUAACUAAAUCUGAGACUUGGAAGGAAACACAUGAUUUAUAAAACCCUAUAAUUAUACGUAUACUUAUUUAUUCAUUUAUUUACACCGUAUGAACACACGCACGUAGGACGAAGCGAUAUCACAAAACCAAAUUAAUUAAAGGUGAUUAUUAAUUAGUCAGUGGGCUCUUGGAGGUAAAGAAGCAGCUGCAGAGAACCUACAGCUGUACAAGAUUUAAUACACACGCACACAAGACAAGCAGACACACACACACAAACAAACACAAACACACGCAACGUAUACGCGAAGAACUUACUCACUCUAACUUGUACUACUAUUACUACUACUACUGUUACUACAACCGCCGCUGCGGCUGCUACUACUGCUGCUGUUUCUGUAGGCUUUGCUCAACAAGUAACGGAGAUUCACAAGAGGGAUAUUAUAAGUCAGGAAAAGACUUCUUGAUACAGAUAUGGACUUUAGUUAGCAUGGCCUAUCAACCAACAAGUUUUUCCAUUUUCCUUGCUGGUCUGCUACCAUUACACACCACAUUUGAAUGACUACUUGAGAACAGCUUCCAGAGACCAAGUAGAAGGACCAUUUGAAGGCUUACAAAAAUUUUACUGUUUAUUAAACAAGAUUCUUCUUUGUCUUAAAAAAGAAAAAUAUAAUCAAAUAAAAAAGAUAUAAUAUUAUUAAAAACAAACUUCUUAUUGAGAAAAGGAAGAAAGAAAUUAUUAACAAUGUGCCAAGUUAUAGUAACAUGCCGAUCUCUGAUUUGGACUCUCAUAACCAUUCUGACCACACUCAUGUUAGUUGUGUCAGUCUGUUCACCAUACUGGUUAACAGGCAAACCACAACACACUGGCUUGAGUGGUAAAAACUACACUAUCUUAAAGAACCAAGAAACAUUUCACCCAACUGUUGGUAUCUUCAACCGUUGUUAUCGUCUACACAAAUACAACAGGAUCUACCACAGAGACAGCUGUGACACCUACGUCACAAAGUUCCACAUGUCCAAUGAAAAUUUCCCCAAUACAUGGAAAGCUGCUUUAUUUUUCUUUGUGUGUGGAGUAUUGGCAAUGAUAUUCACCACUGCCACCUCUGUCAUCAGCCUCUGUACACGAGCUUUGUGUAGCAAAAGCAUUUUUACUUUAUCUGGUCUCAUCCAAAGUAUUGCCGGUUUGUUCUGUAUAAUCGGUUUGAUUCUCUACCCAGCCGGGUGGGGCACGGAGAGGGUGAAGAAAAUCUGUGGAGAUUUGGCAAGUCCUUACAACAUUGAUAACUGCAGCUUAGGUUGGGCCUUAUAUCUCAAUAUUGUCAGCAUUUGCUUCAUCUUCAUCUGUUCCACGCUGUCCAUCCAGGCUAACCACUCCAUGAAUAGACAAAAAGUUCAAGAGGAUAUUCUCACUGGAAAGAGUCUCAUCUGUAUUGCAUAAACAUUUCCAUGUGCAUACAUUGCAUGCACGCACGCUCACACACACACACUUAUACACAUGUAUAUGUUUUACUACAUACAUAUACAUGGACAUAUAUACAUACAUACAAGCACACACCUGCCUAAAUACACACCUUAAAUACAUACACAAACAAUACACAUAUGCAUUUGCAUGUCCACACACAAACAUGCAUGCACAAACACACACAUGCACACAAACAAACACACACAAGAAUAACACAAAUCUGUAUGUUUUGUGUGAUACCUACAACAAACAUUAACAAACACAUUGGCUACAAUCCUUAACAUUGUAAUAAUAAUAAUAAUAAUAAUAAUAAUAAUAAUACUUUCCACAAUAACUAUAUAUAUAUAUUUUUUUUUUUUUUUUGUUAUUUGCCCCAAUGGAUGAGGGACAGACACAAUACUAAAAAAAAAAUACAGAAAAGUGGAAAUUUUACAUCAAAAGUUGGGAACAGAUAACAAACUCUACACACAUAUAAAAAAUAAAAUGAAAUAAUGUAUACAAAUAUA